GCAGCAAAAAGCCGAGGGCGCCACAGCACGUAAUUCGAGGCGAUCCCGCUAGCAAUCACAAAAAAGGCGGUCGCCCCACAAAUCGCCAGCCGCGCGCGAGUUCCUAGCAGCGAGCCACGCGAGAAGACGCACCGCUGCGCAAAAACGCAGCACAGCGAGGCGCCAGCGACGCGCACAGCAGCAAAACCAUGUCCGACCGCCCGCAAGGCGGCGGCGGCAAGCGCCGCAACACGAACGCCCAGCAACGUAGAGAAGAAGCGGAAGCCGAGGAUGACGAGGUCGUCGAGGCCGGCACGUUCCAGCGCGCCUCCCAAGAAAAACUGCGGAAGAGGCGCAUCGUGUCCGUAAGUGGCCGCUUCAAAUCGAAGAGCACGCCCCAGAUGCAGGCGCCUCCAGCCUUAGACGCUGGUACUAAACCAACAGUAGCCGCAAAGCCGAAGCAGGGUUACGUGGCAAUGGAAGGCAUCGGGGCCGGCGCCAAGGGCGCGGGCAUCUUCGCGAACGUCAAGCUGACGGCGCCGCCGCCGGCGCCGGGCCAGAAGUCUUCAGGAUUGAGCUUUCCGAAGCCGGCCGGAGGCAACCCGUUCGCUUCUUUCAUCAGCGCCCCAGCGCCGGCGCCGACGGCACCGUCAUCAGCUUUCGGCGGUGGCUCGUCCUUCCUCGCGUCGCCUUCUAACGCAACAAAACCGAUGGCCGAGACGCCCAUCAUUAAGUCUAGUGCGGACAAGCUCGAGGCGUGCAACCGGGCCUUCCUCAAGUGGGUGAGAAGGCAGGCCCAAAACAAGCCCGCGACGCCCUGGACGGCCGGCGUGCGCGACUACCUGGCCCACGUGGCGAAGUUGGAGAGCAGCGCGCCCGUCGCGGCGCCGAGCGCGCCCGCAGCAUCAAAGCCUUUCGCCUUCCCGGCCGCGCCGGCGCCGGCGCCGGCUUCAAAGCCCUUCAGCUUCGGCGCGCCAGCUAAACCUGAGGCGGCGCCGAAGCCGGCGUUCAACUUCGGCGCGCCACCUCCUAAAGCUGACGCGCCAAAACCGGCCUUCAGCUUCGGCGCCGCCCCACCAUCCACGAGCGCGUUCAACUUUGGGGGAGCACCGGCGCCCGCACCAUCAUCAAAGGAAGACGACGCGAUGCCCAAGGAAGAACGGGUGGCGGUCGCGAAGGCUGAUGAUGGUGACGAAACAACAGCCUUCGAGAGUCGGUGCGCGUUACGUCGAUACGACAAACCGGAAGGAGAAAAGCCCCAGUGGCGCGACCUCGGCAAGGGACAGCUGCGAAUUACGAGGCACAAGACGACGGGAGCGGCGCGCGUCGUCGUGCGCAACGACGUCGGCAAGGUCGUGUUGAAUUUCGCCCUGUCCGAGAAGAUGAGUUUAGUGAAAACGAAGGCCGGCGUGGCGGUCACGGCGGCGACGGCGGACGGGCCGAAACAGUACCUGUUGAGGACGCGGGAGCCGCUCGAGGCCUCUCAUUUGGCGCCGGCGAAGCUCGAGUAGUAGUGCGUAACGAGGCG